AUGCCUCCCCGAAUAAGCGGCGCGCCUGCCGCACGGGCAGCCGAUCUUGCGCUCCCCCAAGCAGCCCGAUCAGGAGCGCCCUUUGCGCGGUCAUUCUCCUCGACACAGUACCGCGAAAAGAUGAGCCGAGCCCGCCAGCAAAUGUACACGUGGCUGAAAUCACGAGAUGGGCAAGAGUUUGCCGCGGGUGGGAAAGGCCCGCGAUACCUCGGCCCCUUCCGGGACCAACCUUUUCCCCAGAACCCGCUGUUCCGCAGCCAGCCGGUUCUGGAUGAUCCGACCAGGGACUUGAUCUGGCAAAAGGUCAUGGAGCGAGGCGAAUCCCUCAAAAGUAUAUCUGCCGAGAUGGGCGUGGAUGUGCGACGCGUUGCCGCCGUGGUGAGACUCAAGGAGGUUGAGAAGCAGUGGGUGCAGGACGGCAAAAAACUAGCCGUUCCAUACGCCAAAGCAGUCAUGAGCAUGCUUCCCACGACGUCCUACCGCGAGGGAGAGAAGAACGAGCCGCACGAACCAAUCAACGAGGUGCACGUGCACAGGCUGACCAUGCAGCAAUUGUUCGUGCCCGUCGCCGAGUCGAGGCAGUUUACGCGCGAAGACGCCGCCAAGGCCUUCCACGAGAGGAUGCUCUCGGCGGACGCGCGGUCCCCCCACCCCCAGCUCAUCAGGAUGGAGCGCGAUAUCCUCGCGGGGAUGAGCCCGGCGGAGAGCGAGCAGAAGUUCAAGGCCCGCGUGCAGGACGAGGAGGAGGCGCUCGCGAGGAAGCUGGCGACGGAGCAGGCCAAGGAGGAGGAAAUGACGUCGCGCGUCAAGACGGACCGGUACGAGUUCCGGUUCAAGGAAAUCGUCGUCGACGACGUCGGUCGCGAUGGGCGGUCGCGCAAGGGCACGGGCUGGAGAUAUGGCGCGCCGCUAGAGGACCGUAAGCGUGGGGUGGUCAAGAUCCCCACGUCGGUUCCGUAG